ACCAGAGGAGACCAACAGAAGAGUGAAAAAUGUUUUGAUUACACUAUACUGGCUUGGGAGAAAAGCUCAAAGUAACCCUCAUUAUAAUGGUCCAUACCUCAGUCUUAAAGCAUUUGAGAAGUUAUUAGGGCAAGCAUUGACUAAGGCGCUUGAAGAGUCCAGCCACCUGAACAGAAGUGGCAGGGAUAGUGGGUACGGUGAUAUUUGGUACGUUGACCGGGGAGAGCCCUUUUCAUCUUCUGCUAGCCAUAAAAGAGACGAUUCCUUUGAUAGCUUGGACUCUCUUGGUUCAAGAUCUUCCACAAGCUUUUCAUCAGAUAUAACCUUGAAAGGUGGCAGUGAAGGUUGCGACAGCGACACAGACUCAGAACUGCCUUUCAAAAUGCAUGACUCCCAUAAAGAUGACAGGCCUUACCGUAGGACUUCUGUGAUUGAACCGAAACCUACCGCUGACUUCAAUCGCUUCUUACCCAACAAAAACAAGCAGACUGCAUAUGUGCCGGCACCCUUAAGGAAGAAGAGGACAGAGAAGAAUGAGGACAACAGGAGGAGCUGGGCAAGUCCUGUCUUCACCGAGUCAGAUGGAACAUUUUCAAGUGGACGUGAAAGGAAUCCCGUAGCUUCCUGCCAAAAUAGCAGAGCAGAGUGUGGGCUCACAAAUCCAGCUUCCCUCCAGAUGAUCUCUGAGUAUGACAGUGGCUCUGAUUCAGAAGCUGAAAGAAGGCUGCCCGACGUGGUUAUGGAUGACUUAGCAAAACGUAGAUUUCUAGUCAAAAAGAGCCCUGUAAGCUCUGCUGCACCUGGACAUCAUUUCGUGUUGCGCAAUGACUCUCCUAAAUCUUGCUCACAAGAAAGUUAUCCAGCUGGUCCACUAGCUGCAAUGCUUGAACCACUGAG